GCUGCAAACCACCCACCACUGUCAAUAUGUCUACGAUUACCCAGAACGCGCUCCAGAGCUCUUACCCUCCCAUCCUCCCCAAAGCAUUCAAUGCGAACCAACCGAAAACAAUCCGCCUCUAUCCUCUCAGCAACUACACCUUUGGUACAAAAGAGGGGCAACCCGAGGAGGACCCGUCUGUGCUUGCUCGACUGAAGCGUUUGGAGGAGCACUACACCGAGCAUGGAAUGAGGAGAACCUGUGAAGGUAUCCUCGUCUGCCACGAGCACAACCAUCCGCAUAUCCUCAUGCUGCAGAUCGCAAACGCUUUCUUCAAGUUGCCAGGCGACUACCUCCACCCAGACGACGACGAGAUUGAGGGAUUCAAGGCGCGGCUGAACGAGCGGCUUGCACCUGUCGGCACACAGUUCACGGGCGGAAGCGUCAAUGACGAGUGGCAGAUUGCGGAUACGUUGGCUCAAUGGUGGAGACCGAACUUCGAGACCUUCAUGUAUCCAUUCAUCCCCGCACAUGUUACCAGGCCCAAGGAGUGCAAGAAGCUAUACUUCAUCCAACUUCCACGGAGCAAGGUCCUGAGCGUCCCUAAGAACAUGAAGCUUCUGGCUGUCCCUCUGUUCGAGCUAUACGACAACACGGCUCGUUACGGUCCACAGCUGUCAGCGAUCCCGCACCUACUGUCUCGCUAUAACUUCGAAUUCGUGGACGAGCAAGGCAAUAUUGUGGCAGUGACGCCAGGCGGAGGCCCAAUGGAGGGGGUGCCAGAGACGAAGGUACUAGCUGGCGGAGAGGACGUUAAGAUGGAACAAAAUGGCGAUACCUCGAGCGAACACACCAUCUCGUAGGAAACGAUGUCAAAGCGGUCUCUUUGGGUGGCAUCAGGUCAAGGAUGGGGUUUAAUAGGUGGUGCAUAUUAGCGGGAGUCGGGCGUUCUCCUCCAACCGUCAAUACCUAGCUAUGACUGAAGCUUUGGAAACUUAGAUGGGCUAGCUUCACAAGCCUACAAUGACAUGGUCUGCACUUUCAAAAAGAUGGUGCUUGUUGAGUUGGUAGGCUCCUCUCUAAAAUGGUCAGAUGCUGGCCUCUAUUCCUAAACAUCUCCUCCAUCACCCGCUCUCUCAUCUUCCACCCGCGAGCAAUACGUGAAGCAAUCUGCAUAAUGCUCCUCUCACUUUCUUCUUCCAUGAGUCUUCCGAGAAAUCGCUUGAAGAUGAGGAUCAUUUUACUUAACGAUAACAAAAGCGAUCGAGCACCGUAAGCCUGCGCUGCGGCCAUUUCUUGCUAUUAAAGAACGAGUG